AUGGAAAAUGCUAGCAAUGGAAACACAAAAGUAAAGAUAAACAAUCGGGUGAUCACUAAAACGAAGCUCAAAAUGUUGAAGUUUGUAGGGAUCAAUUACAAAGAUUGCACUGAUGGUAGUUCUAGAAGAGGGACAGAAACAAGAACCAAGCUUGGGAAAACUUGUAGUGCUGAGGAAAUUCGUGGAAAAGGGGAGUUUCCUAUUAGAAAUAAGAGAGGAGAAAGGCUAAGGCAGAUAUGUUCUGUCCACAAAAACUUUGAGAGGUUCCCUGCAGAAUUCAUGGAUAAUCUUCACAUUCCUCUUUCAAGCAGGAGUUCCCUUAAGGUAACUGGUCAGAUUCUUGUAAAAUAUAAGUUUGAUGCUGCUAGAUUUUCACCUUUCUGGAAUGAGAUUGUCAAGAAUCUAAGAGAAGAAGAUUACAUUACUAAUCUGGAAAUGGAAUUGCUUCAAAUGCCUAAAAAUACUGGAACUGUUCCCAUGUUAUUCCUUGCAAAAGAUAUAGCUGGAGAGAGUGACACACAAGACGAACUAUGGGAUAAAAUUUCAAGAGAUGAUUAUAUGCAAUAUGCAGUUGAGGAAUGUUUUUACACCAUCAAGCUAAUUUUGACUUCAAUUUUCGACAAAGAAGGGAACGAAUGGGUUGAAAGAAUAUACGAUGACAUUAAAGCAAGCAUAGUGCAAAGAACAAUCCACUUUGACUUUCAACUGAAAAAACUCUCACCUGUUAUGCAAAAAGUCACUGCCCUUACUGGAAUUCUGAAAGAAGGUGGAAGUCCUGAAUUGGAGAUUGGAUCUGUGAAAAUGUGUGGAUGCAAGGGCAUAAGAUGA